UCCGUCACCCCGGGCUUUGUUACGUCUUCGCCUACUCACCUGGCCGCGGGCGCGUCCUGGCCGCUGCAGCCCGGAGCGGGAGUGCCAGCCGCUGCCGCCGCCGCCGCCGCCGCCGCCAUGGUGUCCCCAGUCACUGUGGUGAAGAGUGAGGGACCCAAGCUGGUGCCCUUCUUCAAGGCCACCUGCGUGUAUUUUGUGCUCUGGCUGCCCUCGUCCAGCCCAUCGUGGGUCAGCGCCCUCAUCAAGUGCCUGCCCAUCUUCUGCCUCUGGCUCUUCCUUCUGGCCCAUGGCCUAGGAUUCCUGCUGACCCACCCCAGUGCCACCCGCAUCUUUGUGGGGCUCGUCUUCUCCGCUCUAGGUGAUGCCUUCCUCAUCUGGCAAGACCAGGGCUACUUUGUGCACGGUCUGCUGAUGUUUGCUGUGACCCACAUGCUCUACGCCUCGGCCUUUGGCAUGCGGCCACUGGCUCUUCGGACAGGUCUGGUGAUGGCAGUGCUGUCGGGCCUGUGCUAUGCUCUUCUCUACCCAGGCCUCUCAGGUGCCUUCACCUACCUGGUGGGGGUCUAUGUGGCCCUUAUCAGUUUCAUGGGCUGGCGGGCUAUGGCAGGACUACGGCUGGUUGGGGCAGCCUGGCGCUGGACUGAGCUGGCAGCAGGCAGUGGUGCACUGCUCUUUAUCAUCUCAGACCUGACCAUCGCCCUCAACAAGUUCUGCUUCCCUGUGCCCUACUCGCGGGCACUCAUCAUGUCCACCUACUAUGCUGCCCAGAUGCUCAUCGCCUUGUCAGCUGUUGAGAGCCGGGAGCCAGUGGAAGACUACAGACUGAGCAAGGCCAAUUGAGAAGCCAGGGUGUGGUUACCCCUCUCUCCUCCUGGGGGAGGGGUCCAGAACCUGCAAGAACUGAGUCAGGAUGGCUGCAGGACUGACCUGGAGAGUAGAUACCACUGGGGAAAUGUACACGUUUGAAGGGGGGUAAGCAGGAAAAGGAUCUCUCUAGCAAAGUUGGUGUUCCAGAACAAUGCUUACAGAUAAAAAGAGCCAGCCUAAUUCUCCUUGCUGGAGCCAGAAUUAGACAUCUCCCCACCUCUAACCCCAUAGGGGCUGUCAAAGCCCCUCCAGAGGGCAAUGGUGCUCAGCGUCUUGACCUCCCCCCGCUUCUAGAUGGAAGAGUCUGACUCACCCCACUCCCAUUCUUUCUGAUCUGCACAAGAGUCCAGUGAAGAGGGGAGAAAUCUGACCUGAGAUGACCCAAACCCAGGGCUUGAAACCCGUUUCACAGGCCCCUAGGUGGGAAGACUGGAUGAGAAUGGCAUCUUUCUUUCCCUCAUCUAUCCUUGUUACUUGAACUAUCUCCGUUUCUAAGUGGUGGGUGGGAAGGUGAAGGGGUGUCUGCCCAGGUGGGGAAGACUGGGGACUUCACUGGCCUAGGAGCUUGGGCUAUCAAUGAUUCAAGUUGGUCCCAUCUCUCUCAGAGGCCAGUCCAGAGCUCAGGCCCACCACCACCACCGCCACCUUUAGACCCUAUCCCCAGGGUUAGGGUGAACUAUACCAAAGGAAGGGGCCAGCCUGUAUGUGUGUCUGUGCGUGUGAAUUUCUGUGUGUGUGUGUGUGUGUGUGUGUGUGUGUGUGUGUGUGUGUGGUCUGUCUCCCAGACUGUCUGGGUCUUUCUGUGCCAUCUGUCUCUGUCCUGCUGUCUAAGUCUUAUAGGGAGAGGGCCUCAGGGAGUUGCUGAGGGGGUGCCGAGCCUGGCUUAGAGAGCUGGGACCCCAUCCCACCACCAUCAGUGCUUUUUUCUCUGCCCCUUCUGCACUGGGAGCAAGAGGAGAGGGCUCCAAUGGCAUUCUAGGGUCAUAAGACCUAAGGCACAUUCAAUGCAAAAGGAGCAAGGAUGGGACAACGCCAUCCUUUGCUGUUCAUGUGAAAAAAAUAAAAACCAAGGGCCACUGGCUGCUCUGCUUG